AUGUACUUUUCUCCACACGCCAGUCGCUACACCCUGAGACAGGCCGAUGAUGUCUCCUCUGCCUGCGCUGCGCUCAUCGCUCAGGCGUCUGGCUGGCCUUCAGCACAGCGCCCCCCCCACGACUCCGUGAAGCUGAUCAAGUUCGCGGACGACACCACCCUCAUUGGACUCAUCUCCAACAACGAUGAGUCCGCCUACAGGAGGGAGGUGGACCGGCUGGUGUCCUGGUGCAGUGGUAACAACCUGGAGCUGAACGCCCAGAAGACAGUGGAGAUGAUUGUGGACUUCAGGAAGAGCACUGUCCCCCCACCCCCACCCUCCGUGAUGGACUCCCCCAUCACCUCUGUGGAGUCCUUCCGUUUCCUGGGCACCACCAUCACCCAGGACCUCAAGUGGGAGCCGACCAUCAGCUCCCUCAUCAAGAAGGCCCAGCAGAGGAUGUACUUCCUGCGGCAGCUCAGGAAAGCCAAGCUGCCUGCACAGAUGUUGGUGCAGUUCUACACGGCCAUCAUUGAGUCCAUCCUCACCUCCUCCAUCACCGUGUGGUUCGCUGGAGCCACAGUCAGGGACAAACAGAGACUACAGCGCAUUGUGCGCUCUGCAGAGGAAGUGAUCGGCCGCAGCCUUCCAUCGCUGCAGGACCUCGCAGAGACACAUCCGGCUGCACAAACUGUCACCGUGGCGGGAGCGUGGAGCAACGGACAGCGCAGUGGGACGGCCUGUAAUUGGUGCAAGUUGCCGUGGUAA